CAUCACUUGUGGAGAAAGGCAGGACGUUAUUGAGACACUGGGUUAGCUAGUAUUGUUGUAUAACGACUUUUGAAAUGCUUUUACCGGUAGAAGUAGUUUGCCUCUACCCAGACUGACCGUAAGAGUCUGGAUUAAUUACAUCUGAGCUGAUUGAGUCAGUUCAGUCGAAAAGUAUAGUUGAAUGAAGUCAUAGAGUUGUUAACAUUUGUAGAAUUGAAAAGUAAUCGGAGUUACUCUGGUAAUAUAUUUCUUUAUCCCCUUUCUGUAUUAUACAAGUAUACAGUAGGUGUUGGAAAACAAUAAUAUGCCGGCUGUUCAGGCUAAAGGAGAAUAUCAAACCGCUUACUCUGACCCGAAGCAGGAAAGCAUUCUACCGCCACUGUUCCUCCCAGUUCUGUGUAUUUUAGGAAGAGGUUACCUCUUUUUUGCUUCUGAUUGGAAGAUAAAGAAAAUAUUGGUCUAAUCAAGAUGAAGUAACCGUUUGGGCAUCCUUCUCUUCGCGCGAGCUGUUUACCAAGUGGCACGAGUAUUCUGGGUAGUCUGAGCAGAGUCUGAACCAGGUUAGGAACAGCAAAUAGGUUUCAACUUGCCUGCCAACUCCAUUGCACUUUAUUGGAUUUGUGGAGUGCCAAGUCCAGAAUGUUUCUGAGACUCUGUUUAGGGCCUAGCAGGAAAGAGCUGGAUCAAUGAAUGUCUGCCAGAGGUCUGGAAUAGGGAUGUUGUGGUAUGUGUGCCGUGCAUUUUUCAUCUUUGGACCAGGUACAUCUCUAAUAUCACUUGGGCCUGGUCCCUCUGUAAUUGGCAGACUCAGCAGGCAUGACUGGAGAGGGAAGUCCCAAUGGUGCUAGAAUGGUGCUGCAGUGGCAGAAGACGGCUCACGAGUGAGGUCUGGAAGAACCACAGGGAAGACAUCCAUCAUUUGCUCCAAAGUGUGCAAGUCAGAUCCCGGGGAGAAUCAUGAUAACCCUGAUCACUGAGCAGCUACAGAAGCAGACUCUGGAUGAGCUGAAAUGCACACGCUUCAGCAUCAGUCUGCCUUUGCCUGAUCAUGCAGACAUCUCCAACCUUGGGAACCCUUUCCAGCUUGUGUCUGGUGCUUCCUGGAGAGGCCUGCCCCACUGUUCCUGUGCCGAGUUCCAGGAGAGCCUCAACCUCAGCUACCACCCUUCAGGCUUGAGCCUGCACCUCAGACCUCCCAGCCGGGGAAGCUCCCCACAGGAGCAGCCCCUCUCCCAAGUCCUAAGCCCCGAACCUCCAGACCCAGAGAAGCUUCCUGUGCCCCCUGCUCCUCCUUCCAAGAGGCACUGCCGCUCACUCUCAGUGCCCGUGGACCUGUCUCGCUGGCAGCCAGUGUGGCGGCCCGCCCCCUCCAAGCUGUGGACUCCCAUCAAGCACCGGGGCAGUGCUGGAGGGGGUGGGCCGCAGGUGCCUCACCAGAGCCCCCCAAAGCAGGUCUCCAGCCUCAGGUUCCUCCAAGCUCCCAGUGCCUCUUCUCAAUGUGCCCCGCCCCAUAGACCCUACAGCCCCCCUUUUUUCAGCCUGGCUCUGGCCCAAGAGUCCUCUCGACCCUGUGUCAUCUCCCCCCAAAGUGGCUCCUGGGAGAGUGAUGCCGAGUCCCUGUCGCCGUGCCCGCCCCAGCGCCGCUUCUCCCUCUCGCCCAGCCUGGGCCCCCAGGCAAGUCGCUUCUUGCCCUCCGCCCAGAGCUCCCCCGCGUCCUCCCCAGAGCUGCCCUGGCGACCUAGAGGCCUCCGCAACCUUCCCCGAAGCCGCUCACAGCCUUGUGAUCUGGAUGCCCGCAAAGCUGGGGUCAAGCGGCGCCACGAGGAGGAUCCCCGGCGGCUACGGCCUUCCUUGGACUUUGACAAGAUGAAUCAGAAACCAUACUCAGGAGGUGUCUCUCUCCAAGAAACAGCCCCGGAAGGCAGCAGUAUCUCUCCGCCAUGGUUCAUGGCCUGUAGCCCCCCACCCCUCUCUGCUUCCUGCAGCCCCGUUGGGGGUUCCUCCCAGGUGCUGAGUGAAAGCGAAGAGGAGGAGGAAGGGACUGUGCGGUGGGGGCGACAGGCGAUUAGCAAGCGGACACUGUGCCAGCAAGACUUUGGGGACCUGGACUUGAACCUGAUUGAGGAGAACUAAAACUGAGAGGCUACUUCCUGGGGCCACAUGGACUGACUCUUUCAUGGCUACUAACAAGUGUCAAGGCCCCAAGGCCGGGGGCCCAGCCUGGGAAUGGGGGUGAGUGGAGGGCUCCGACUCAGGGCAGCCGGAAAUCUUCUCGCUCCAGGAAGCUCGACCAUGCCGAGAGACUGGCCGGGACAAGAUAAACAGAGCUGGUGGCGGGAGGGACAGUCCCAGAACAACCCUUCCCAUGGCGGCCCUGAGUGUGAGUAUCCCUGCCACUGACAGAGCAAUGGGCAGGGACGGAAGGGGUCUGCCGGCCCCAGCUCGGGGAAUUUCACUAGCCCCUUUGCUUCAAAGGGCACUUGUGUCUUAGAAUUUGGCCAGGGUGGGGGGCUCAUUCAGCCUCCUUGGAGAAAUUGCGUGAGAGUGUGUGUGUGCGCAUGAGAGUAGACUCAGCGAAAGGUAUGCUUGUGUAGCCUUAGGGAAGGAAGGCAGUUGCUCUUCAACAGCAGAGCAUCGUGACACCCCUAGGAGCCUGGGUUUUCACAGUUCGGAGGCUUGUUCAAGGAGUCAAGAGGAAGGCACCAAGUUCUUUUCUAAAGUAGCUUUGGAGCCAGGCUUAUAAUCCCUAAGUACCACUGGCUCUGCAAAUGGUUCUGUUUUGGAGUCCAGCAGGGUCUUUUAAGUGCUGUGACCUUAAUGAAUGGUCACCCCAUUCCUUAGGCCCAUGCUUUCUCAAAAACAAGAUCUCUUUAGUGUUGGGGGCUGGAGAGAACUCUACCCAUUGAGUCUGGACUGCCCUUUUAUUUCUCUCUCUUCUUUUUUUCCUCAUGAUUUUACCUUGGUUUUAUGCAGCCUGCCUCUUUAAAAUAGAUGCAAGUGUAUUUGGGCAACUGAGACAGGCUUGAAGGGCUCUGUGCCUCUUCUCUUUCCUGACUGGACAUUUUUUCACCCACCAUCUGACCUUCAGGGGUCAAAAGUAACCAAGGAAGGCCCUGUGUUAGUUCCCACUGUGUAUGGAGCUGACCUGCAGAAGAAUAGGUAAGUAUCUAGUCUCUUAGCAGGUCUGAGUAAACUCAGGCCAGCACUACCCUUUGGAAGCUAGCUCGGGGGAAACCUGUCCUUAAAACUUGCAGGUCUAACCAUUUUCCUAACCUGCUUGAGAAGGAGGAAGGAGGACAUAUCAGCAUUUCCUAGGUUGCUUGUCUUCCACUCCUGCCAGGAAAUGCUUAUUUGCUUCUAAUUGGCCCUGAGAGACCUCACGGAGGUUGGGGCUCACUGAGGGAUGGCUGAGGACAUGUAAAGCAAAGGCUGUGGGAAGCAGCUGGGAGUUUGUUGUUGUUGGAUUGAAUUUCCUUUUUUUUUUUUUUAAUUUUUCUUUGUCAUCCACAACUUGAGCCAGGGCAGUUAGUCCGAAAAGCCACAGGGAUGGAACUUUGGGAGGGCUGGCAUCGGUGGAGCCGCAUUCAGAAUCUGCUGCCACACUAGCUUGUGAGGCUUUGUCCAGCUUUGGUUAGACCCCGAUCAAAUUAAUUAGACCAAACCUUCCCAUUUAUUAGAAGGUUAUUUUUUUUCUUCAACCUCUAGGUUGUCAAGGGACCCCAAUUCCUUGUUAUGGAAGAAGACCAAAACUGUCUUUUCUUCCUGCUGAAUUGACUUGCAUUUUCUGGGCCUCCCACAGUUGGAGAAGAGCAUCUGCAAGGUUUUGGCCUCCUUGCACUCCAGAGGAGGUGGUCAUUUCUUCAGCCUCUGGCCCUCAGUGGUUCUGUCCUUCCAGAAGCUUCCCUUCUCCCCUUCUCCUCUCCUGCUAGUUAUUAUGUAUUACCAAUGAGCUACUGGGUCUGUAGGGGCCAGAGAGGCUCUCUGGAGAAUCCAGGGAAACUAUGAGCCCAGGAGUUGCCCAUCCUUGGUUUCAUUCCUCCCCUGGCUCUUCUCCCUCUUUAGGCCAUAAUUUCCCUGGUGCCAGCUUCUUUCCUCCUGGGGCAUACUCAUCCCUGUGCUCUCUGCUGCAGAUUGGCUGUGCCAGCUUCUAAUAGGCCACUGGCAAUGCCAUCAGGGUCUCAAUAGGCCCUAAGCUGAAGAAGUGAGGGCAGUACUGCCGCCUUACCCCGGCUUCUCCACAGCCCUAGGGAUCAUCCUAGGGAGACGGCCUAUAGAUAUCGUAUUUGAAUUCCAUUACUUUUAAGACUGUAAAGUUAAGCUGGAACUAUCAUCUUGCUUCCUGAUCUAAGCAUUUGUGGCCCUGGGAUAAGCCUUUUCAAGAAGUGAUUCAUUCUGCUUUACACAGUAGGUCUGUUUCAACAGUUCUGUGUAAACCAAAUGCUAUUUUUUUCAGUGCAUUUGGUCUGCUGACCAUUCAAAGCAGCCUGUGAUUGCUUCUUUUGUAAAGCAAAUAACACCCCUCUACUUUAGCUGUUUUGACUAUUUGGAUUUUCUCAUAUUGGGCUUACCCAGAGUGGAGCACACCUCUACAGGGCUGUGGUUGAUGCUGGGUAGACAUCUGCAUCUGUGUUGUGUGUGUGGUGUGGCUGACCAGUAGGUGAGUAUUCCUGCGUGUGUGAGUGAAGCCACUCCCAGGCUGGUGCUCUCCUCCUGUGCCCGGUGACUGCCCAGUGGCAGCUCCAGCUGCCCUUCACUCCCACCUGCUGCCAAAGUCCCUGUGCUAAUGGGAUUAUAAAAAGUGGAAAAAAAUUUUCGUAAACUUUGUUUUAUAUUAAAAAAAUCAUUAAGUCUGUGUGUGUUAAACAUGAGGUCCUGCCUCUGUUGCUGUGUUUGAAAAAAAUAAAGUUUUAUUAGAAUAAUCAUUUUCCCAAGCAA